AUGGCUUCUGUUGGGAACACACUCUGUCUCGUUGCAGCUUUACUUCUAAUCUACCAGAAGACAGCCACUUCAGCCCCUUCAGACUUCCUCUCUCCUAUCUUCGAUAAUAUAUGCAAGGAAGUGGAAUGUGGGAAAGGGAAAUGCAAAGCAUCUUCAAACUCAACUUUUAUGUAUGAAUGUGAGUGUGACAAUGGUUGGAAGCAAUUUGAUGGUAACCUCAAGUUUCUCCCUUGCAUCAUGCCGAACUGCACCUUUGAUCUAUCGUGCGGUGAAGCAGCUUCUCCAGCACAGCCUAAAACGCCUCCUAAAGAUAACAAUUCUUCAUUUUUCGACGUUUGUCAUUGGGUGGAUUGUGGAGGAGGAGUUUGCAACAGUACAAAGCCGUUUAUAUACAGCUGCGACUGCCGUGAAGAUUACAGCAAUCUCUUGAACACCACCACGUUUCCUUGUUACAAGAAAUGUGCACUUGGAAUGGACUGCUUGAAUUUGGGGAUCCCUUUGUCAAACUCAUCGUCACCUUCUCCAGCUGCUCUGCCUGAUAGCAGCAAGAAUCAAGCAGGACUGAAUCUAAGAGGAUCAUCGUUUUUGUGGAUAACAUUUUUGCUAUGUGUCUCUCUAGCACCAUAG